CAGCGUUCUGCACUCGCUCGCCAUCUCAUCUGAUGCUCGGACUCUGUGAUUGGACAUCCUGAGAAGGAUGACUGGGAAAACUCAAACCAGCAAUAUAACAAACAAGACAGAUCCUCGAUCUCUGAAUUCCAGAGUGUUCAUUGGUAACCUCAACACCGCUGUGGUCAAGAAAACUGACAUUGAGCUUAUUUUCGCCAAGUAUGGGAAGAUCACUGGCUGCUCUGUGCACAAGGGCUUUGCUUUCGUCCAGUACGCCUGCGAGAGGAACGCUCGGUUGGCUGUGGCUGGUGAGAACACCAGGGUGCUGGCUGGACAGACCUUAGACAUUAACAUGGCUGGAGAACCACGUCCAUACAGGCCAAAAGUGGCAUCCAAGCGACAUUUCUCCUUGUACAGCGGCUAUGAAUUUGAUUAUGAUUUCUACAGGGAUGAUUUCUAUACCAGGAUUUUUGACAUUCAUGGGAGAUUAGCACCAUCCCCUCGGGCUAUGAUUCCUAUCAAGCAUUCCCGUUUGGUUGCACUAUCAACGCGCAGGACAAAAAACUCUUUCCAGCCAAAGAUGUCCACCUGCUCUUCUUAUCUAAGAACGCUGUCAUCAGGUUUCUUAUGCUAUAUGGGUUUAUCCAUCAUUCCAAUGAAAUCCGAUCAGCUGCUGACAAUCAAGCAAGAACUGUCCCAGAUAAAGAUUAAGAUCGACUCCUUACUGGGAAGGCUAGAGAAGAUUGAACAGAAGCAGUUAGCAGAAGCAGAAGCCCACAGAAAGCAUGAGAAGGCCUAUCAGUCUCUCUAUAGUGAGACAGAAGAGGAUGUGGAUCAGGAACAUCAGGAAGCAGGGUCUUGGGAAGUGACUGAUGAAGGUGAUGACGGAUAUAAUGACAGGGCUGAUGGUGACCUGAUAGAAAACCACAUAUCUGAUGUAGACAACUGAGCAAGGACUGGGACCAGCAAACCUAUGAAAUUUACUAUUUUUGGAAGAUAUCCAGAUGUAAUUGUUCACCCUUUCAUGUCUGUUUAUUUAUUUGUUUAUAUGUAUUUUUCAUUCAUUCAACUGGUCAUACAUGUACAUACAUAAGUAUGUAUAGACACAAAAUAGAAGGAUGAAAAACUAUAACUUAAUAUGUAAAAGAAUUUAUGUAUUUUAUCUAACAAUGUGAUAAACUUCAGUGUCAUUGUCAUAAGGGUUUACAAAUUAAAUUGUAAUUAAAAUGUAAACUUUUAUUAAAUUAAACUGUAUGUGCAUAUGUUUUUUUUUUUUUUUUUUUUUCUGGACAUCUGUCAUGUACAUAUUCAAAUUAUGUUUACUGAAUGCACAUUUAUGUAUAAGUAAAUUAUUAAAUGAUUCAUCUCACUCAUUAUUAGGAAUAUAACCUACUUUUACAUCUCUAUUUCUUCUUUUCUCUAUUAUUAUUUUUAUUGUAGUUCAUAGCUUAACUAUAAGGUGUGGUAAAGUUGUUUUUAUGUGUUUAAUAUUGUGUGACGCAUUUGUGAAAUAAAAACGUCCA